AUGGGAGCCAGUACAGCCUAUCCCAAUCCGGAUGAGGCCACUGACGAAAGAGUUCACCAGCUUCGAACAACACUUGACCCCAUCAAAAUGUUCGAAGUGAGUCUUGGGUUUGUGUUCCGUGGUUUCAAUGCGUGCAAAUUUGUCACAUAUCUUUGUCUACUAUUCUUCGUCCUCUUGCUUUCUUUGAAAUUGGACGAUAAAAUCGGAAUUGGAUAUGCCAUAGUGUUCCUACCGAUCUGGUUCUACAAUUUUCUGAUUUUUUCUGGAGCUGUAGUUGGAGUCAUAUCAUUUUUGGUACAUCCACCAUCUCAGAAUGAUCUGGCCUUGCGAGUUGACUUUACGGCCAUGCAGUUAACAACUGUGGAGCACUCUUUUCUUUUUCUGUUUGCUCUGAUGACCUACUGCAAGUUGGAACUAUCGUAUCUGCUUCGAGACUACUUCGAGCUGCACUGGAUAGUGGUUUUUUCCCCACUUUUCGCAUUGUCGAUUGCUUCGAUAGGCCUUGUUGUAUGGGCUAUGCGGCGAGACAAAUCUUUUGAGUUUGAGUUGUUCUUUGCGAUCAACAUAGUGCAGCUCUUCUUCCUUGCGUUCAAACUAGACGAGCUGGUAGACUGGUCAUGGGCUGUUGUUUUCAUCCCGCUAUGGGUUGUGCUUUCACUCUCUGCAGUGGGAGUAUUGUACGCUCUCGUGCUUUCGAUUGUGUUAGCACGUUCACGUCAUCUAGUUCCAUCGCAUAGAAGGCAGCACGUUACAUCGGCUCUGUUUCACGCUUGUCUAGUCGUCCCAGCAUUGAUAUGCAUGGUGCUAUUGACUGGGAAACUAGACGCCUUGGAGUGGGGAGACAACGAUCCUGCAGCCGAUAUGCCGUUUACGGCUGUAUUUGCUCCACUUCUCGUUUCGUUGGUUUGCCUUGUUUUGAUGUCUUGCGUCCAUGGUGGGGGUAACGUCUGGUGGUUUGGUCUUCGGCAGCCGUUUUGUACGGCUUUGCUGGACGCUUGCCCUUGUCUCAAGCAGUACGCAAAUGUUAGUUACAAGUUCGUACUUCAUCGCGAACGUCCUUCGGAUGAAAAUAGCAAUGCUCAUCCCGCUGUGCCACCACGCAGAGAAGAGCACGAUCGGUAUCCGCUGAAACCGGCUGUACCUUUAUGCAACUUGCGUUGUUGUCACAUUCCGUUAUGGGAUAUGCUUAGUUUCUAUGACAUCUUGCAAGUUAGUCCAGACGCCGAUCUUGAGGAGAUUAAACGGUCAUAUUUCGAUUACCUGCGUCGGAUACAUCCUGAUAAAGGCGGUGAAGAAGAAGGAAGCUCUGAAUCGCUUACGCUUGCAACCCAUAUUUGGAGCACUUUGAAGGACUCAUUGAAACGACGUGAAUACGACUAUUGGCUCCGCGAACAACGAUAUCGUAGGAAUAAAGGAACAAUAGCUGAGACAAUAGAGAUUGCUGAAGACGACACUGAACCUAUAGUAGAACUUUGUCGUUGUGGUGAUCAUUACGAGAUAUCAGCGGAAGAAGUUCAAAAGAUAAACGUCAAUUCAAGUAGAUUCGUUGAGUUCCUAAUGUCUUCUACAAAGAUAAUAGUGGUUGGAGAAAGUGGUGUCGGCAAAACAUCGUUCGUCAAUGCUGUUUGUGGAAACCCUAGCGCUGACAGCCCUAGUACGAUCGGUGCAUCUAUCGCCAUGGCGUGGCAUGAAUACAAGGCAGGGACGUCUGAACAACGGUCCGAAUUGAUGGAGCUCUGGGAUAUUGGUGGUUCCGGAGCGCAUCGAGCAGCUUCAGCAGUGUUCUUUGACGGAGCUGCUGGUGCGAUUUUGGUGCACGAUCUGAGCAACAAAAAAAGUGAAGAGAAUCUCUCCCAAUGGCUUUCUUUACUUGAUGGGAAACCGAGACCUGUUGGAUCUUCAACAACUCGUUCGCUUUUGGCUGACAUUGAAUCGUGCCAAAUUCCAAUUCUUACUGUUGGCUGCAAACUGGAUCUGGCACCUCAUAGGGGACCGUCUGCCUAUGACAGAAUGAACAUCAAUUGUCUGCGUCCUAUACCACCUGGUUCCACAGCGAGCAUGGCUCUGGCGCGGUUUUUCGACGAAACCAUUGAUCGUACCAAAGCUCCUAUCAACGAGCGCAGACGUCGAGUUCAGCAAUUUUGAUCAGUGAUAGGCUAGGUUAAUCCAACAUCCUUGCUGACAACUUUCUUGAACAAUUAUUUUCCUCUGCUCUGAACUGGUUCGAACAUUACCUAAUUUGCGUGGAUUCCACAAAACAGGUGUGCUGUAGCAAGAAAUGUAAAAUUAAAGGGUUAGGGCUGUUUAUGAAAAACUUGUUGAGAUCAAAGUGUUUUGUGAGAUUUUCAACAUGUUCUUGAAAGGCUCAAUGAGGGCCACGCAAGAUUCGGGUGAAAAUUGCUUCGAGGGUUUGAUAAUCUCUUUUCCUUGUCAAAUUCCUGUAAAUUUUCGUACCACAUUGCAUUGUUCUACGAUAUGUCACUGGUUUGACCUUUCUCUAGUGCUGUUUCUUUCUUUGCAUUGUGGAUAAUGAUGCUGUUGUUGUUGCUAACUGUGAUUCAGGUAUGCCUGUCUGUUUCUUCAGCUUCCUUUCCAUUGCUUUUUGUUGCCUUUGCGCUCUGAGUUGGCUUACGUGACGCUUAUGAGAAAAUGGAAGCAAUUCAUUUCUAUAGUGGUUGUUAAGAACUAUUUGGAAAGAUUUUAAAUGAUAAAUUUU